GAAUAAACUACGGUUUGUGGACCAGUUAAAAAUUUGUUAAUUUAUUUUUCUAAUAUUAAUUAGAAAUGCUGUCCAUUGAUGAAGAUGGGAUUUCCUCUUCCGAAGAUAGUAUUGCUGAAGAUUUGUCGGAAUCUGAAUUCGAGGACGACCAAAAUGCUGACUAUACCACGUUUAACGCCAGAUAUAUGGGGGAGAUAACAAGUUUACUAGAUGCCCAUAGCCAUGUAAAUUGCGAGAAUGCCUUAAAGCUCAACCAGGAGAUGCAACUACGUUUGCAAGAGGUGCGAAAACGUUUGCAAGUUUUAUUACAAGCUGUACAACAGCGGUACCUUUCAAAUGAGCGACGCCUGAAACUGAAUUUGGCGAGAAAGCAACGGGGAUUUGGUAUACGUGGCGCUUAUCUGAAAGGUGGAACUUUCUUCUUCAAAGGAAAUAUGUUCUUUAAAGAUCUAAAUUGUCGUAACUGUCCAAACAAUCAAGAUUACGAAUAUCGCAAAAAAGUUGAAGGUGAAAUGUUUCCUAUGGAUUUAGAACUGUGCAGUCGACAUGUAUGGUCAUUGUUCGACAAAAAAGCUGUGGUGCAAGCAGUGAAAGAACAGGUAAUUGAUUAUUUAGCUGAUCGCAAAUAUCGGGAUAGAAACAAUAAAUCGAAAAAUCUUACACUUGAAAUAAAAGUACAUACGGAGAAGUUGACAAACCUAUUAUCACAAGUAGAUGAGAAAUUCCAGAUUGAUUGGGAACAAGUCUCUGCGCACAACUUAACCUAUCGGCAUUCCCCUAGUAGUUGCAAAACAAUGUGGCAAGUGUACUUGCAUCCCUCCCUUAAACGUAGUGCUUGGUCUGCGGAAGAAAACAAACGUCUUUUAUGUGCAGCACAGAUGCAUAAUUAUCAAAAUUGGGAGAGUAUUGCGAAAGAGGUUUCGAAGCGUUCCGAUUACCAAUGUUUUAUACAAUACCAGACCACCGUGUGUUUUAUGGACACACAACGGUGGGGACGUUGGGAUAAGCAGGACGACACUAAGCUUCUGGAAUUGAUCGACAAAAAGUCGGUGAACGGUGUGAUAGAUUGGAACGCAGUUGCUGCAUAUUUUCCACACAAGCCAAAGAAAUCGUUGCACCAGCGCUACAUAUAUUAUUUGGAUCCAAAGAUUAGCCAUGAACCAUUCACUCCAGAAGAGGACCUGAUAUUGUUGGCAGCAGUCGAGGAAUAUGGUGAAAAAUUCGCUUUGUUUCCACGCAGUCUCUUUCCAAAUCGUUCAAUAACGCAGCUACGGAUGCGUUACAAGAACACAUUGCAAACUCGCCACAUGCUACAGCCUUGGUCUGUUGAGGAUGACAAGAAACUUAUGGAGUUUGUGUCUGAGCAUGGAACAUCGAGUUGGUUACGUUGUGCAGAGACACUUGGCAAUCAUAAUCGUAUUAGCUGUCGUACACGUUUUCUUACCAUACAGAAAUUUUUCAAGAAAAAUCCAGAAGCGACACUCGAAGACAUACCACGAAAGAAGAAGUGCAUUUUGAAAAAUAGUCUCAUAACAACGGAGAAUUGGGUGGAAAAAGUUGCAGAGCUGCGUGAAAAUCCUAACACAGUACUUGUACCCCCGACUCGAAAAUUUAGAAAAAUUAACCGAAUGUCGAAAAAGUUUAAAAAGGAACAAAAUGAACAAAAAUCGCCAAAAUGUGAGGUGUCACCACCAAAAUGUGAGGUGUCAAAGGCAACAGAGAGAAAACAUCGGAAAGUUCCAUAUGUCGAGCGUUUGCGUGCUGUGGAACAGAAAUUAUAUCAUUUCUUCAAGUACGCUUACAACUUUCGCUUAGGCAACGAUAUAUGCACUAAACCACCGAAUGCACUAUUGCGUAAAGUAGCAACGACGCUUCAUUUUGUAGCCGAUCCCGCACGGCAGUAUGUUACGGAUACAUCGCUGUCACCAUACAUCAGUCGUCGUUGUAAGUUUUACCUGCAACAGCAAAGUCAACUAACCAGCGAAGAUUUCAGAAAACCAUUUGACCAUACUCUUCCACCUAGCUGGUCAACAGCAAUGGGCUUUCGAGCACUUUGUGUGCAAUCGGCGCAGAUACAGUUAGGAGGGUCGAAAAAUGAUGAAUACAUCGAGGAUCGAAAACCAAGUGAAAUUGAAAAACAUGAGGCAGUACAGCGUUUUCGCAAACGCAUGCGUGCAUUAUUUUACCAAACAGCCCUUCUAAGUCGGCUACAACCCGGUCGUUUUACGAAACUAAUAACGACAGAAGUGACAGUAACGGAAAAUUGUACAGAACGAUCGGCAUUUGAUUUGGCUCGGGUAAAGAAUGAUCCUCAUGAAUUUCUAGCAAUUCAUGAACCAAUUACAGUUGUAGCGAAAGACAAACAGCCGAAUGUGGAAGUUUCGAAAAAGGCGAAAAAAACUGAAAAACAAUCGAAAGCUGUUAGGCGAAAAAGAAAAUUGCAAGUACCAACGUCAACAAUCGUACAAUCCGAAAGCGUAACAGCUGCAAGCCUGGAAGCUGAGGAAGAGGUUACGUUUGAGGUUACAUUUUUAGAUGAAGCCACACUGCCUGAAAAUCAAACGGAUGCCUUACAGCGUAACUUGCACAGUAUCGAAAAGGAUGGUGAAUCACAUCUUGCGUUACAAUCAAGUACAGCUGAGUCAAGUACAUCUUUGGUGCCGGAAAGUUUAUCAAAAACUUGUAUUUCACAUUCACCCAAAAUGGUACGAAAAAGAAAAAUCGCUGCUAUUCCGUCAUCUGGAGCAGAACCUGGGGAAAAGCGCGCACACAUCGAAGCUAGCUGUGAUAGAACAGAUUUUAAGUUCACAAAUGUAAAGACUGAGUUUGAGAUGUAAUAUGAAUACGCAUGUAUGUAUGUAGAUGCCCGUAAACAACAGAAAAGGUAGGCAAAGGGAAAGAAUUAGUCAUAUUUUAAGUAAUUAUUAUUAUUUUAAACACUUCAGUGACAUUGUUUGCGUUAUUUUGGAAAAUACUGAAAUGUCCGAAUGCUACCUAGGAGUGUACAUUGAAUGUUUGAUGUAUAUAAUUCCCUGACCACUAUUUCGUACGCCUACGAUUUAUAAAUCAUAUAAAACAAAUAAUAUCCCAAUAGCACAAAAUGCAACGCAGAAAGUGGCUGUUAUUAAUUCCUAUGGCUGUUAUAAACUUGGAAUAUAACUUGGCGUUGCUCAUGAGCUCAGGCUCAUAUGCUAACUUUAUGUUAUUUUUGGCUUUAUAUAAACUUUGCUUGGAAAAUGGCACAAAGUUGUCGCAAUUUGAUAGUUAAAAAUAUAUAAUUUCGGUAAAACGCAUUUCGAAAUUACGUCGAAACUCUGUUUUUUUAAAUCUAGGAGGUGUCCAUUUCGAUUUCACGGUCUAUUGUCUACACAUAACCCAACUUUUUCAAUAAACCAAAGAUGGAGCUGGGUUGCGCUGAUUGUAUGUUUCUUCUUUCUUAUGGCUAUAUCUGUCCAAAUUCUAAUCCUUCGCGCUAUAGCAUCACGUUCGGGAACAAGGUGUGUUCUAGUUUCCAGGGAUUGACUACAGCAAAGACUGGAUAAUGUGCAGAUGGCUUUGCAAUUUGAAGUUGUUUGGUAUAAGUAUAAUAUUAUGGUGUACAUUGAUCUCAGGAUUCGUGGGUUACAACCCCACGAUGUUUCUGCUAAACGUUUGCAAACCAUGAGGGCCGCAGAUGUUUUGGACAAGGUUGCGUCAGCGUGCCUUCUCCAGUUAAGCUUGACAUCCAGAAUAAGACUUUACCGACCAUUGCUAAAACAACCUCGUCGAUAUUGAUUCCCAACCUGGUGAGACUAUUUUUCUGGUAAAGGGAAUGAUAACUGUUUACAGACUCAUCCCAGGAUUCCAUCUAUUCGUCAGGCUUAAAUCUCUUUAUACUAUAUCGCAAAGGGUAUUCUUGAACUUGGCCUUUGUUGUGAUUACCAACGUCCUUCGCGUAUCCUUGAGCGUAUCCUAAAAGCUAAAAAAAUUGUUCGUAUAUUUGCUUGGUACUAACUCGUACGUGCUUACAAUCCCAUAACUCGGCCGUCCUGACAUAUAGAAUCUCCUGAUUGUACGUCGAUGAAAGGUAGAUAGUUUAACGGUUUAUCAUUUUAUAGUUCCUUGUAACUUGGUUUCCAAUAUUUCACUUUCUGAUGAUCGCACUGACAUAAGAACUGUCCUUUGUCGUAACUUUGUUUAAUUUCGUAUUGUUAACGCACAACCGAAGUUCAACUCUUUUCUUUUUAACUAGUACUAUGGGUGACGCUUUGGCUUUCUACAAUCCUUGGCAUAGUGGCCGGAACAAUUGCAGUUGCAGCACUUAAAUCGUUCAUCGGGGCAUGCUCUUGCUGAUGGACGCUUUUACAAUAUGACUGAACGGAAUUCUCUCACGACCUCUUUUGCUGAAGGAAAAUUCUCUAGGUUUGCUUGGUUGCGGAGCUGCCUUUCCGGAAUUCCUUCGAAGAGGUAGUCGGCAAACACUUCUUCGCACUUAUAGAAUGUUGACGCCACGUUAUUACACGCUAAAACUGCGCCCUUAAGUUUUAAGUGUUCAGCUACACACAACAUGGCAUCGUCGGCCUUAAAAAUUGCGCGAUAGUGUACCACCUGGUUGUACCAUGCACUAAAAUCAUCAGCCCCGUCGUAGGUCGGUAUAA